UGUAAAAGCAUUUGGUAAGCACUUCCUCCUUUAAGGUUCGUCAGUAGCUAUGUGGUCACAUGUGAGGCUUUCUUGCUGUUGGUUUAGCCAGAGAUUAGAAUGAACUUUGUCUCAGUUCCUCCUGCAAUGGAAAAGAAACUGAAUCAUUGCUUGAACCUGAAAUUGAGUUUUUUGGAAUAAACCCAAACGCUGCGAGUCUGAAUGAACUUCAUGAACAGCGAUUUGAUGAACUUGAUCGCCAGAGGAGUCGACUGUGUGUCGGUAUGCGCUUAGUGCACAUUACAGGGAAAGAGCCCAGGCCGAAUGGAGGAAAACAUUUCUGUGUUUAUAAUUUGACACUGAUAUCCCCAGGGCCCUCGUCUAAACAGAGGAAGCUCGCCAAAAUCCAUAUUGCACUCUCACAGCAUGUAUGAGAGCAGCUCCCGGUCGCCAGAUGAUGCUGACUCCGCAGCUGUGGCCUGCGGAGGCUCAGCGCCUGACAGGGAGCAAGCUGGACCCGGACCAGCUCCCAACAAUACCGACACCCACGGCAGGGCACCGGGCCGCGGGGCUGUGGUGGAGCGGCUGUCGAGAUGUGGCAUGCAGGUUUUGCCCAGCGCCUUCCAGCGUAGGUCGAGGCUGCAGAGGCACCAGGAGGUAUGUGAGAGCGCACCGGGCGCACUCCUCAGAUACUCCGCGGAUGCGCCGGAAAGAGCUUCCCUUACACCCGCUAUGCGUAAGAAAUAUCUGAAGGACUUGCUGUUGAAUGACCCGUCGCACAGCGGAUUUAGCAGCGUGUUAUCCUCGCAAACCUCCCGUAAGUCUUCGAGGGACGAGCCAGACCCCCCGGGAACAGACUGGGCUUUAUACCCGAUGGAGCACGCAUGGAUGUUGUCUGCGGUGGACGGAAACUACGAGACUAUUCUGGAGUUCAUCUCCGCGGACCCCCAACUGUUGACCAGGAGGGAUUUUAUCAGCGGGUUUUCUGUUCUGCACUGGUUAGCCAAGAGGGGACAGGACGAAACUUUGAUCCAACUUUUAAGACACGCCGAAGCCGCGGGGAUCCCCGUGAACGUGAACCUGAGAGGCAGCGGGGGGCUCACGCCUCUGCACGUCGCCACCAUGCACAGCCAGUACAUGGUGGUCAAACUCCUGGUCGGGGCUUUCGGUGCCAACGUCGAUGCCAUGGACUACAACGGGAGAAGAGCCUGGCAAUAUCUUAAGGGAAACGCCCCACCGGAGAUGAAGGAGCUUCUGGGCGCUUGGGAUGAUGAGCACAGCUGCCAGGGUGCGCUCAAUGUCAAUAACAACAGCGCCAACAACAUCAUGAACGUGGAUGCGUGUGAAACGAACGACGAGGGGGGCAGAGAUGAAGUGGACUCAUUUGACUGGACUAAAAGAAAUGGUAGCUGGCGAUUUGGGUCUUUGAGGAAACUCUGGUCACAGUUUUCUUUCCGUGGGAACAAAAGCUGAGCGUGGAUGACAGCGCCUUGCAUUGCGCAACAGUUUGAUCACAUUUCUGUGUAUGACAAGCCAUGUUUUCUGAAACUGACAUUCAUGUAAUAAAUGAGGAAGCGCUGCAGUUUCAGAUAAAGGGAAAAAAUAAGUCGCCAGUAAUAUGCAGCAGCUUUCACUAAACCUUUGGCAUAAUGCAUUUUGUUGUUUAGUGUAGACCAGCCCAGAUCAGUACACUAAGUCCGAGCUGACGUGUCAUUUCUUGGGGUUUUAGAGCAAGUAAACAUUUCUUAGCGUCUUACUAGAUUCAGCCUUUUUAAUUGCUGUGUUUGCAUUAAUGACCAAGCAUUAAAGGCAAAGAAUUUUUUAGCUCCCACCCCCCAGAAAGUGCAAAACCUCUGCGGGAUACUGCCCUCUUUCUGCAGAGCCGCGUCAGCAUUACUUUUUCCCCCCUCCAUGUAAUGUUUUGUUUCCCUUGGAAAAAUAAAGUCAUUCCAAG